GUUUUUCUCCUGAUAAGAGCACUUGCAAGUUCUUUCUUUUUUAAUUCCAUUAUUCUUUAAGUUCAGACAUUUAGAAGUUAAAAAAAAUUGUGAUAAAAUAUUUCGUAAAUGGCAUGUCUUGUGAAAAUUUUUAAGCGUGACACAGGGUCGUAUAAUCUAUUAUCAUCAGGGAUUGAAGGCGACACCCACAUAAAUAAUUAUCGUAAGCGUAAUUCAGACAAGAAGAAAUUAUCAAAAAAACAACAUGAGCAUGAGCCUCAGCAUCAACACUACGAGAAUUCGAAAAAUGAACGCAGUGAAUCAGGCUUUGAUUCAAUAAAUGAUGGAAUUUUCAACAAUAACAGCAACAGUAAUCAUAUUUCAUUAAAUAUUCCACUUCCACCAACACGCGAACCGCCAUGCCCGCCAAUUGAAACAGAUUACACACCACAACAAUCUCCAGUGCCAUGCCGUAAGCUUCAUAAACAGCCCAUACCUGAUAUCAAUUUCAUCGAAUCAACACCAUCGCCUAUUCCUAAGGGAAAUCAUUUUGAGAAUGAUUAUGAUUAUUAUGCCAACAAUUUUAAUAUGAAGAAUGUGAGCUUAAUUGAAAAUGAUUUUGAUGCCAAUGAGAAUACCGUUGAUGUGGAUAAAAAUAGUGACGGGAAACAUCAGGAAAAUGAAAUUAAAAUUGAUGAAUUAAAUGUAAAACUUUCGGAUGUGAAUGUGCGUAAAGAGGGAAUAAUAUCAGCGAAAAUAAAGCACGAGGAGCUGGAGGAAUUGGAAAUUAAAGUUUAUCCAAAAGAUAAAAUAACAGAGAGGAUGAUAACAUCUGCCAUAGUCUCAAACGACUUCUUAUGUAACAUUUUGGAUAACGAGUCAAUAAAAACUGUCGUCAAUGCGAUGCUUCUUGAAUCGUAUGAUGAAAAUAGCUUCAUUAUCAAUGAAGGUGAUUCUGGAAAUUUUCUAUACGUCUCCGCUGAAGGAAUGUUUGACGUGAUUAAAGGCGGCAAUUCAAUGAAGACUUUCGGUCCUGGAGUUGUUUUUGGAGAACUUUCAAUCUUAUACAAGGCGAGACGAUUUGCUUCAAUUAAAGCACUUACAUUCUGCAAAGUCUUCUCGUUGGAGCGAAAAGUUUUUCAGAAAAUUAUGAUGAGCUGUGGACGACGUGAGCGUGAAGAGAAUAUUAAAUUCUUAUCAUCUGUUUCCGUCCUUAAAGACUUGCCAUUAAUUGUCCUUAAUAAAAUUUCUGAUCUCCUUAAACGAGAAUAUUUUCCUUCGGGCUCAACAAUCAUACGACAAGGUGAUCCGGGCGACAAAUUCUACAUAAUACGAAGUGGCAGUGUGAAUGUAAUUAAAAGUGAGGAAGAGAAAGGACAGCGACUUGUUGGGAUAUUAAAACGAGGAGCAUAUUUUGGUGAGCAGGCAUUGAUACAUCAAGAUAAACGUCUCGCCAGUAUAAUUUCUAAUCCACCAGGAACAGACUGCUUGACACUCGAUCGAAAUGCAUUUGACGCUUAUCUCGGUGGUUUGGAUAAAAUAAGAAAUACAAAAAUUGUCGAUCAAAACAUCCCCAAAACCCGUAAAGUAUCGUCAAAGAAUGAGUACGGAAACAUACAACUAAAUGAGUUAAAACUUGUUGGAACUUUGGGUGUGGGUGGAUUUGGAAGAGUUGAACUUGUUCAAUAUAAAAAUAAGAUUACAUUUGCCCUCAAAAGCCUCAAAAAAAUUGAAAUGCUUCAGCAGCAGCAACAGGAACAUGCUUAUAAUGAAAAGGAAAUUCUUUUUGAAUGCAACAGUCCAUUUAUUGUAAGAUUAUAUAAGACUUAUAAGGAUAAAAAGUAUCUUUACUACUUGAUGGAACCAUGUUUGGGCGGUGAUGUUUGGACAAUCCUACAAAAAUAUAAGUUUUUCGAUGAGAAAAUAUCAAAAUUUAUGACUGCAUGCGUCGUAUUGGCAUUGGAAUAUCUUCAUUCGAAGCACAUCAUUUAUCGUGAUCUGAAGCCAGAGAAUUUAAUGCUCGACACAAAUGGCUAUAUUAAGUUGGUUGAUUUUGGUUUUGCGAAAUUUAUAAAGCCUGGGUCGAAAACAUGGACAUUUGCCGGAACACCGGAAUAUGUAGCACCGGAAAUAAUUUUAAACAAAGGCCAUGAUUUGAGUAGCGAUUGCUGGAGCUUAGGCAUAUUAAUCCAUGAAUUAUUGAUCGGAAAGCCGCCGUUUCGCGCAAAAGAACAAAUGCAAACAUACAAUCUCAUAUUACGAGGCAUAGAUUGCAUUCAAUUACCACAAAAAAUUCCGAAAAAAGCUCAAAUUUUAAUUAAACGCUUGUGUCGUCAAAGCGGAUCAGAGCGUUUGGGUGUGCAGAAGAGUGGCAUCAAGGAUAUUAAGACGCAGUCAUGGUUUUCAGAUUUCACAUGGGAUCGCUUGGAAGCGAGAAAAAUGUCAGCUCCAUUGAUAUUGCCAGUGAAGAAUAACGUAGACUUAUCAAAUUUUGAUGAAUAUUCAAAAGAUUUUGACGAUCCACAGGAUGAUUUGAGUGGAUGGGAUAAAGACUUUUAGUUCAUGUGGAAUAUUAAAAUCAAAUUUCAGUAUUGUCAACAGUCAACAGGCAUUAAAAUUAAUUAUUAUUAAUUAAUUAACCUGACACAUCCAAAAUAAUUAAAAUAUAAAAUUAUUUUAUACAAAAUUAAAAAUAAAUAUAUAAAUAAAAGCCAAUGAACAAUUUG